AAUUUGAGUUAGUGCUAAAACUCUUCCCUUGUUCCAUUUCCAUUACCAUUACGCUCACCACGGCCAACUACCACUGAUAAUGGCUCCAAUCGACCCCCACUCCUAUGCAGACUCCACCCACCCCCUAACCACUCACGUCUCCCUCUCUUUCUACUUCGAUUUCCCCUCCUCCACCAUCGCCUCCUCCGCCCUCCUCUCCCUCUCCACCCCCCACUCCGGCCCCCUCAUCCUCGACACCCGCUCCCUCUCCAUCUCCGCCGUCAUCGACCCCGUCACCGCCGCUCCCAUCCCCUUCACCCUCUCCUCUUCCCCCGACGCCGUCCUAGGCCAAUCCCUCACCCUAACCCUCUCCAAUCAAUCCAAAUUACUCAUUCUCUCCAAAACCUCGCCCUCUUCCUCAGCUCUGCAGUGGCUCUCUCCGCCGCAGACCUUCAACAAGUCCUACCCCUUCGUCUUCACCCAAUGCCAGGCCAUCCACGCGCGAUCGAUCUUCCCCUGCCAGGAUACCCCCGCCGCGCGGAUCAAAUUCGCCGCCAAAUUGAACAUCCCGCGCUACCUCUCCGCGGUGAUGGCCGCGAAGCAUGUUGAUCGCCGCGAUCCUUCCGCCGGAGAGUGCGGCGGAGCGUGCGAUGACUCAAUUUGGUGCGCGGAGGGGAGGGUGGUGGAGGAGUUCGUGAUGGAGCAGCCGGUGCCGCCCUACCUGUUUGCGUUUGCAGUUGGGGAGCUAGGGUUUAGAGAGGUUGGUCCGAGGACUAAGGUGUACUCGGAGGCUGUCCCUGCGGUGUUGGACGCUGCGGCUAGGGAGUUUGCGGGGUCCGAGGAGAUGAUCAAGGUCGGGGAGGCGCUGUUCGGGCCGUAUGAGUGGGAGAGGUUCGAUUUGUUGGUGUUGCCACCGAGUUUUCCGUACGGAGGAAUGGAGAAUCCGAGAAUGACAUUUUUGACUCCCACUGUGAUCAAAGGGGACUCUACGGGGGCACAGGUUGUAGCUCACGAGCUCGCUCAUAGCUGGACGGGGAAUUUGAUCACUAAUAAGAACAAUGAUCAUUUCUGGUUGAAUGAGGGUUUCACGACAUAUGCUGAGCGGCGAAUAGUUGAGGUUGUUCAAGGAAAAGAAAGGGCCAUACUUAAUAUUGGAAUUGGUUGGAGAGGACUUGUCGAGCAAAUCGAGAGGUUUAAGGAUCGAAUGGAAUUCACGAAACUGAGGACCAACCAGCAAGGGGUGGACCCAGAUGAUGUAUACUCUGAAGUGCCAUAUGAGAAGGGAUUCCAGUUUCUGUGGCGCAUUGAGAGACAGGUUGGGAGGCCUGCAUUUGAUGAGUUUCUUAAAAAAUAUAUUGCCAACUUCAAGUUCCAGUCUAUUGACACCGACAUGUUUCUUGACUUCUUAAAAGCAAAUAUUCCUGGAAUUGAAGAUCAAAUUGAUCUAAAAGUAUGGACUGAUGGAACUGGCAUACCUCCAGAUGCAAUGGAGCCUGCAUCUGAAAUCUAUACAAAGAUCGUUUCGUUGGCUAACGAUUUUAAGUCAGGUACAAUGCCAAAUGAGGAUGAUGUUGCUCAGUGGGGAGGACAAGAAUGGGAGCUUUACUUAGAAAAUCUGCCUAAAUCUGUCGAAGCAUCACAGCUAGCAGCUCUAGACGAGCGCUAUAGGCUUGCAGAAUCGAAAGAUUAUGAGGUCAAAGUAGCAUUUCUUCAGCAUGCGAUUGCAUCUAGGUGCUCUAGUUGCUACAACGAGGUUGAGAAAACUCUGAAAGAAGUUGGACGGAUGAAGUAUCUCCGGCCACUCUAUAGAGCACUAGUCCAGGGUGCUGGAAAAGAAGAGGAGAAGAUGUUUGCGAGGAGGGUUUUCUCUGAGGCUUGCGCAGGCUAUCACCCGAUAGCUAAGGGUGUGGUUGAGGCCAUAUUCGCCAAGCAUUUGUAGGUUCCCCCCCUCUGUUUGUCUAGCUGAAGAGUACUGUUUCUAUUCUGUUUAGCCUUGUCGAAUAACUCGGUUGAGAUGCGUUCAGCGUUUCUUUCUGACUGAAUCUGCAUAGAAUUUUCCCUUUUGUGGAGUUGCUAUACAUGGCAAUUGUCAUUUCUGUAAAAUCGACCGCUUAACUUUUUCUGCACAGUAGGGAUGAAAUGUGGUAAUUUAUCCAAA